AGAGAUCAGUUAGUGGUGUGCGCGGUGCGUGAAUGGUCGCCUUGUAGUGUGAUGAGUGCGGACAGUGGUAGCGGCGGCCCCCCCGGCUGCUGGGACCGCUGCGUGCAGUGGAGCGACCUCUUGCCCUGCUCCUCCUCCUCCCCCCCGACUGCGCAGCCCCAGCUGCACACCAGUGCAGCCAAUCAUCGCCCCAACCAUCAUAUACACCAGAAUGGCAAAUCCAAAUCCAAUGGACAUUUGCACAAUGGAACAAAUGGAGUUACACGAGGACGUGUGUGGGCCAAUGGAGGAAUCAAACGUCCUGAUGAUAAGCACUCUACCCUUUCGCGGUACUGGACUGUGGAGAGGCCAAGAGCAGCCAAAACCGCCAACUACCAGGCGCUUCGCCGAGCGUGCCGUGAAAGGGGUGCACUUUUCGAAGACAUAGAUUUCCCACCAGUACCGCGAUCACUCUACAGGCAUAAAAAGCCUCCAUUCCAGCCAAUAGUAUGGAUGAGACCUCACCUCUAUACAAUGAUACAGGACAGGCUGCAGUUGAUCACUUGGUUCAGGUUUUGGCACUUCGGAGAAUGGAAGGAGGUGUUAGUAGACGAUAGACUGCCAACUUAUAGAGGGAGACUGAUCUACCUUCAUUCCACGAACCCCACCGAAUUCUGGGCAGCCCUACUUGAGAAAGCCUAUGCCAAGUUGUACGGUUGCUACGAGAACCUGGCACAAGGCGGCUCAACGACUCGAGCUCUGCAAGAUUUAACGGGAGGAAUAGUGCAGAGCUUCGGCCUGAGCAAUCAGGACCGCUAUCUCACCUACCAAGUGCUCAACAGUGCUGUGCCACGGUCUAGUUUGCUCAUAGCCAGCAUUAACCCGGAGAAAGAGAGUAAAAGACAACUUAGGUUAAGGAACGGUUUGAUGACACAAACCGCUUAUAGUGUUACGGGCUUGGCGAGGGUGAGAGGCCCUCUGGGAGAGACUCCUCUAGUGAGGCUGAGGAAUCCCUGGGGCAGAGGAGAGUGGACCGGACCUUGGAGCGAGAGGUCGUGGGAGUGGGAUGGAUUAGCUGACAGGGACAAGGAACUGCUCAGUGUCAGAGUACGAAACGACGGUGAAUUCUGGAUGUCAUUCGAGGACUUUGCCCGGCACUUCACACACCUGGACCUGGUGCACAUUGGACCCGAUGACUGGAUGAACGAGCCGGCGCUGCAAUCCAAGCAGCCGUGGCGAGCGGUGCUGGCUAGGCGACGGUGGCGCUCCGGCUACAAUGCCGGUGGAGGGCCCAACUAUGUUGAUACAACUGCAAUGAAUCCUCAGUUCCAUAUUCAAAUACCAAGAAGCUCUAGUAAUAAGUGCCAUGUUGUAGUAUCUGUAACUCAGUUCUACGAAACAGAACCGGACAACAAGAGGAAGAAGCCCCUCUAUGCCAUUGGGUUCGCUGUUUAUGAAAUACCACAUUCGAUGCCAAGACUGACACCCCAGUUUGUGGGAGAACAGAAACCUUUGGAUGUAACCAAUCAUUCGAUUGCAAGAGAGGUCGUUACUUUCUUCACGUUGCCUCCUGGUGAUUAUAUAGUUGUGCCACAAACAAACAUACCAAACUGUGAUGGAAAAUUUCUACUAAGGAUACUCACUGAUGAGCAGAGUAAUAUCUGGGAAGUCAAUGAAGACAACAUGGUGUUUAGAAAUAUAUCUGCUGAGUUUUUAGAAGAAGCAGUUGUUUUGCCGGAUGGAAAAAACUUCAUUGCAAAACUACUGAUAAAAUAUCCACCUGAGGUGGAUGUCGUCCAACUUCAGAAAAUUCUCAAAAACCAUUGGAAAGCAUACCUCCUGGAGAAGCCAAGUUUGGAGCUUUGUAAGAGCCUGAUAAUGUUGAGGGAUAUCAACAUUAGUGGUCGAAUCAAUCUUCUGGACAUUCCUGUUCUCAUGCAUAUGCUUCAUUUUUGGAGGAUAGCAUUUGAGAAAUUUGAUCGUAGUGGCAGCUCGAGCAAAACAUCCAGCUACAAUCUGCGUGCUUUGCUGUGGGAGGCUGGAAGUACCGUUAGCAAUAAGGUUUUGGAGUGUCUGGUGCUGAGGUUUUCCAGAAACAGCAUCCUCACUGCCGAGUGUUUCGUCAUGGCUAUGGUUAGGCUGCACCUCGCUCAUGAACGCUAUCACAGCUUAGAUACCAAAAUAAAGGGAAAUCCGCUUUCUCUUGAAGAGAUGAUCCUGAUGACCAUCUACUCAUGACUACUGCUCCAUUAUUUGGUGGAUUUUGAAACCAAAGAUUAUGUUCAACUUCUAAGAAGUCACAAAUUAAAUUAUUAUUCUAGUUAUAUUAUUAUUUAUUCCAUUAUCUGUACAAAAUGUACAGUUUCAUGUGCAUGUGCCUAUCAAGUCUAGUAACAAGAAUGAAAAUAUCUUAAGAUUUAGUCCUAUUAUAUUGUAUUAUUUUUUAAAACUGGAUGAAUAGAUUUUUAUUAUAAAUUGUAAUGAUUGAUGACUACUAUUGUAUAAUGUGUCAUAGUUAUUGAGAGAGUAGGCCUAUGCCUUUCCAAAGGAGGUUCUCAUGAGAGAGUGCUAUUUCAAUUAGAAAAUAAUAUUGAAUUUCCUUAAUAAAUUAAGAUAAGCUCAAAAUCAAAUCUGGUUUCAUAGAAGCUCAUUUUGAUGCCUUUAAGAGUACGACGAAACCGUACUAGUACUGUACCCUCAUCUAUUGUGCAGAAACGUAUUUUUCUUUAUGCACUUUUUUAUCAUAAUAUGGGUGUUCUUGUUCAGAUUUUCUCCUGUCUAAUUAAUCCUUAAUCAUCUGAAUGAAAACUAUAAUAAUCAAAGUAGGCCUAACUGAUUUUAUAGUUUGCCAAUUCAACUCAUUACAGCUCACUAAACUUCGUAUUUUUGUAGAUUUCAGUUCAAAAUUGAAAUAUUAAUGAAUGCUUGGUAAUUAUAAUUGUUCCAAAGAACUAUCAGAAUAUUGCAAUACCUAUAUUUUAUUAUGAACUUAUAAGUUUACCAUAUUCUUAUAGCCGUUUAUUUUGCUUACAGAGCCAUUGCUUGACUUUUUAUAAUAAAAAUAGCCUUUCAAUUCAAAACUUGAAGAAACCUCUCUCAGAAUCUUGUUCAUGACAUGUACAAGUAACAUUAUUCAAAAAAUAACCAAAGUAUAAUUCUUAUAAGUUAGUCUAAUAUAUAUACUGCUGUAUUUAAUCCCAUCACUGUAAUCUAUGCAUUUAUAGAAAUCAUCUGUAUUAGUAUUGUUAUAGUACCGUUGUUGUUCUGUAAAUAAAAAGAUUGUUUAUAUUCUUGUUUAA